AGUGAAGGCUGGGAGGGAACACAUGGGGUGGGUGUUUUUUCCUUGGCCCGCCGUGGCUGUCCGUCCUGCCGGCCGCGCUCAUGGAUUCGAUCAUUAUUCAGGAGCGCUUGGUGGAGCGGCUGCUUUCCCCGCGGACGCAGACACAGCGAAGCCACCCGGCCAAGCUGAAGGACCAUGAGAAGCAGUACGUGGGCUUUGCCACUCUGCCCAACCAGGUCCACCGGAAAUCAGUGAAGAAGGGUUUCGACUUCACCCUGAUGGUUGCAGGAGAGUCGGGUCUGGGCAAAUCCACGCUGGUGAAUAGCCUGUUCCUGACAGACCUCUACAAGGACAGAAAGCUCCUCAAUGCAGAGGAGAGAAUCAACCAGACCGUGGAGAUCGUCAAGCACACAGUGGACAUCGAGGAGAAGGGAGUCAAGCUGAAGCUGACCAUUGUGGACACACCAGGCUUUGGAGAUGCUGUUAACAACACUGAGUGCUGGAAGCCCAUCACUGACUACAUUGACCAGCAGUUUGAGCAGUAUUUCCGUGAUGAGAGCGGCCUGAACCGGAAGAACAUCCAGGACAACCGAGUGCAUUGCUGCCUCUACUUCAUCUCCCCCUUUGGGCAUGGGCUGAGGCCUGUGGAUGUGGAGUUCAUGAAGGCUCUGCAUGAAAAGGUCAACAUUGUGCCCCUGAUUGCCAAAGCUGACUGCCUGAUUCCCUCAGAGAUCCGGAAGCUAAAAGAGAGGAUCCGGGAAGAGAUUGACAAAUUUGGCAUUAAAGUGUACCAGUUUCCCGAGUGCGAUUCUGAUGAAGAUGAGGAGUUCAAGCAGCAAGACAGAGAGCUGAAGGAGAGUGCUCCCUUUGCAGUCAUUGGCAGUAACACUGUGGUGGAGGCGAAGGGCCAGCGGGUCCGGGGACGGCUCUACCCCUGGGGCAUUGUAGAGGUGGAGAACCAGGCACACUGCGACUUCGUGAAGCUGCGGAACAUGCUGAUCCGGACACACAUGCACGACCUGAAGGACGUCACUUGUGAUGUCCACUACGAGAACUACCGAGCUCAGUGCAUCCAGCAAAUGACCAGCAAGCUGACUCAGGACAACAGGAUAGAAAGCCCUAUCCCUAUCCUGCCUCUCCCAACACCAGACACUGAGACAGAGAAGCUGAUCAAAAUGAAGGAUGAAGAGUUACGGCGGAUGCAAGAGAUGCUGCAGAAGAUGCAGCAGCAGAUGCAGGAUCAGUGAGAGGCAGGUCCUCAGAGGACAGAGGGAAUUCCCCAGUGACCAUCUGAGGCCUGGCAAGAGUUGUGGACGUUUAGAAAAGGUUUCUGGUUGUAUAGAGACUCGUGGGCAAGAGCUGCACCCGCACCCUCUAAUUUAUUAGCAGCGCUGGCUUUGUGGUCAGCUGGAUUGUGGAGGAGGCUGUUCACUUAACAGUUUACUGAUGUGUAUUUCUUUUUUAAUAAUUAUUCUCUCCUUUCUUUUA